AUGUCUUUUGACAUCAACUGGGAGACAAUAUACACAGAUGACGGCCUGAGAUCCUCAUUGAAAGACUUCCUCAACGAAAAGCUCACAUCAAUUGAUUUGCCAAAAUACAUGAAAGACUUGCGAAUAGUUGAAGUCAACUUGGGCUCAAAGUCGCCAAAACUUACAAUUCGGGAUAUAGACUACCCAUUUGCCGAGUUCUACAACCAAAAAGAGCCCGAAGAUUCAGGCAAUGCCGAUCUGUCUAUUGGUUCUGACAGUGAGAAUAGAAACAGAAGCAAAAGUUUUACAAGUGCAGAGCAAAGAAGAACACACCACCCAGUAAUAAGACCUCAAAGUAUAAAAAAGUCUAUGUCCGAGUCGAAUUACCCUUUGCACACUUCAGAAUUACGCACAUCUUCCCCAAUUGGUAUUCAUUCAACUACAGAUCUCUUUAUUCCACGCCCGGGUUCUCCUUAUCUACCGGGGCUGCACAAUGGGGUGGGAAUUAGUGCCUUCGGGGCAAGGGAAGGCGAGACAACUUCGCAAAAUGGGUCUCUGGAGUCUUCCAUAGAACCAAACGUCAGCAUUGAUGGAAUUCAAGGUGAGACUUCUGGCUUAAAAUCUCCACGAAAAGCACCCGGGCAUGUUCCGGCGGCUUGGCAUGAAGAUGGCGAUCAAAUAGACAAAACUGCAGUGUCAGAAAAUCAAACAGAUGCCCAGAAGCGCACAGAAAUACCGGCUAAAGGCAAAAAUGAUAUCCAGUUCACUAUGGACCUAGAAUGGAACUCAAACAUCUACAUUGAAGUUACUUGCAGCUUGAUGGUGAAUUAUCCAUCCCCAGGCUUUAUCACCUUGCCUGUCAGACUCAAGAUAAGCGACUUGCUGAUUCAUUCGUUGGCUGUGCUGGCAUAUUUAAACCACCGAGUGUUUGUGUCGUUUUUGUGCGAUCUAGAUGACGAUUCCGACGCGGGGGCGGCAGGCGCGACAACGACGCGUCGAUCGGUGCAUAGCGACGGGUCUGCAGACGCCUUUCUCAGCACGGACGAGUUGGGCUCUGACAGUGGAAACAGGAUCGAUAUUAUCAAGAAUAUGAAGAUCGAGGGUGAGCUAGGAGACUAUAUGGACAUCACAGGAAACACAGAUGAUGGAAUAAGUCGGUCUGUUAACUCUCAUUCUAGAAAAUCGACAAGUAGUGGAAUUAAUGCGGGACGGACGAGGUCGUAUACAAACGAGAUAAAUCACCACCACAUGUACUCUUCGAGUUUAAGCGAGAAGGAGAGAUUAGCAUUGCAGAAUUGGAGUGCGUCUAUGGCUGCAAAUGAAGGUCCAAGCAAUGUGGAUGGAGCAAGUAAUGGUUCUGUGUUGAGAAAUAUUGGGAAAAUCGAGAAAUUUUUGCUUUCUGCAUUGCGAAAAGUGCUGGUGAAUGAGUUGGCCUGGCCCAGCUGGAUAGAAAUUGAUAUGAAUGAGGAGGAUUAG